AUGCCACAAAGGGCAGUCGCGGAAGCGUAUAGGCCAGUUUUCGAGGCCGCCAAGAUUUUCAGUCUGAGAUUGUCCAUUCGCGUUCCAAACCGGCCACCAGGACGGAGGCAGUUUGUCCUCGUUUCUUUUAGGCGCUGUGCCCAUUCGACAGGAGCCAUGAGGGCGGCCUACUUUUCGUAUUUUGCUCUGCGAAUCGGGCACGGGGGUCCUCGAUGCUCCCAACCUCUCUCCAUUCGCUGCCAUGAAUCACGGGCCCACGAAGCCUUUCUCGCCAACACUCUAGACGGAAGGAAGGUGUUCAGAAGCCCGACUUUCAACGGGCCUUAA